CUCCGCCGUGAUUAUCCACAACUUGUGGAGAUUACCGAACAAUACUCCAUUUUCAUUUUACAUUUUUUUAUUGCAUCAUUUCGAAGACUUUGCAAGCAAACCCCCACUCCCUGAAGUUCUCUCUUUCCCGUCUAAUGGCGACUGGGAUUACAAGUCGAGUGAUUUCUCCAUCGCCAGCACACAGUGUUUCAUCCCAAUGGCUCCUGUCGAAGACACGCUCAAUUUCCGUCGGCUCCUCUAAAAGGACUAUGUGUUACUGUCCUUGCUCCCUAGCUAAAUUUCCGGCAUCGUCGAGUACCAAAUGCUCUGCGGUUUCUGCUGAACGGUCGGCGGUCACUUCGAAUGUUCAGCAAGUAUCCACUGCUCCGCUCGUCGCAGAUGAAAAGUUCGGUGUGCUGCUGCUCAACCUCGGCGGGCCUGAAACUCUCGAGGACGUACAACCUUUUUUGUUUAACCUCUUCGCCGAUCCGGAUAUAAUUCGGUUGCCAAGGCUGUUCCGGUUCCUGCAAAAUCCGUUGGCUCAAUUCAUAUCUGUUGUUAGAGCUCCAAAGAGCAAAGAAGGGUAUGCUUCAAUUGGCGGUGGAUCUCCUCUUCGACGGAUAACGGAUGCCCAGGCUGAAGCAUUGAAGAAAGCACUUUGGGAGAAGGAAGUUCCAGCAAAUGUGUAUGUUGGUAUGCGUUACUGGCACCCAUUCACUGAGGAAGCAAUUGAGCAGAUAAAAAGAGAUGGAAUCACAAAACUCGUUGUGCUACCUCUUUACCCCCAGUUCUCAAUAUCAACCAGUGGUUCAAGCCUUCGACUAUUAGAAAGUAUAUUUCGCCAUGAGUAUUUUGCUACAGGGAGGAUGACUAUCUGGUCAACAUGCAACACACAGUAAUUCCUUCCUGGUAUCAACGUAAAGGAUACAUUAAAGCCAUGACAGAUUUAAUUCAAAAGGAAUUGGGGAAAUUUGAAUGCCCUCAGGAGGUGAUGAUCUUUUUCAGUGCUCAUGGUGUACCACUUGCCUAUGUUGAGGAGGCAGGGGAUCCAUACAAGGCUGAGAUGGAGGAGUGUGUGGACUUAAUAAUGGAAGAACUGGAAAAGAGAAAAAUAAAUAAUGCAUACACUCUUGCAUAUCAGAGUAGGGUUGGACCUGUUGAGUGGCUUAAACCGUAUACAGAUGACACAAUAAUUGAGCUUGGCCAAAGAGGGGUGAAAAGUCUUCUUGCUGUCCCUAUAAGUUUUGUCAGUGAACACAUCGAGACAUUAGAGGAAAUUGACGUUGAGUACAAGCAGUUAGCUCUGGAGUCUGGUAUACAGAAUUGGGGCCGUGUUCCCGCACUUGGUUGUGAACCCAGUUUUAUUUCGGAUUUGGCAGAUGCUGUUGUUGAAAGCAUUCCAUACGUGGGAGCAGUCGCGGUCUCAAAUCUCGAAGCUCGGCAGUCCUUAGUCCCUCUUGGCAGUGUCGAAGAGCUAUUGGCGGCAUAUGAUUCACAACGUAGGGAACUGCCACCACCUGUAGAAGUCUGGCAGUGGGGUUGGACUAAAAGUGCAGAGACAUGGAAUGGGAGGUUAGCUAUGUUGGCGGUGCUUCUUUUGCUCCUCCGAGACAUCACCUCUGGAGAGGGCUUCCUCCACCAAUGGGGUAUACUGCCUCUUUGAAUGCGGAAUCGUAUAGAAUCUCCUACACAUGCAAGAACCAUUCCUUUCUUCAUACUAUGGAGUUGUAUUUUGAGGUUUAGAAUGACCGCUUCAAGAUUUUUGACCAAAUAUAUGGAAAGAUGUAGGAUGACCCAUCAUGCGUUGUGACCACGAGAAGAGCAACAAAGGGGAAUGAAGCAGCCUCCUCUCUAUCCAUACAGGUUUUUAGUCUCCACUUUUAAAAUGGUUAGAAACAACCGAUGAAAG